AUGAAGAGCCUUCAACAAAUACUUGCUAUAGUUCAAGUCAACACCGUUAAAGGCCAAGUGGAAAACAAUGUUAAGCUGCAUCGCAUUAUCGACCAUGAAAUGCAGACUCAUGAGUCGCUGAAGCACAAAAUGAAAUUCGCCACAGUGCUGCAAGGGGCUUUACUCGACAAUCUAUCCGAGGAGGAGAUCAAUCGACUUGAGCGUAUUGCAGAGCUGAAAGUUGCGUUAAAAGCGGAUGAGGAAUUCGAACAGGACACUUUGGAAUAUAUGACAAAUCGAGCCCAUGUUCAGGUAAACAGGGUAAGCCUUUGGAAUCUUAUUGAUAUAUUAUGGCAUGUAGAUCGCAAUCCUAAAGCCUUUUGCACUAAAUAUCCGAAUUCGUACUUAAAAUUGCCACUCCUCAAAUUUGAUAUGAUUACCAUGUUUGCCUCUGCUCCAGAGCUAUACGACGAAAACGCUGAGAAGCUUAUGCAUCUACUCAAGCGUAAGGUAUACAAACUGACGAAAGGCUACAAUGCGGAUAUGAUGUCAUCGUUAAAGAGCAGUAAACAAAAAUAUCAUGCCGACUAUUUGGCCACAAUUGAUAAAUACGAUUACUUCGAUGAGAAUCAGCAACGGGGUGAAACAGUUGGGGAGGAUCUGCUGCAGGAGCAGAAGACCCAGGCCAAUGUACCGAAACGCAAACAGAUCAAGGCACAGAGUGCCAGACUUCUGGAGGAGGCGUCCAGGCGUGAUGAAAACUGCCUCGUUCUUGGCUUUCAAUUUGUAAAAAUAAAAAAUGAGAAAAAACUUGUGAAAUACAUUAAAAUUUUUCAUAGCAGCCCAUGACUUAAGUUUCUACUCAUUUUUACAUGCCUCAUGCUCCAUAUUUGUCACAUUAAUUGUUAGGUACACUUCAAUACAACAGUUUCACAAAAAUAAAAAAACAAAACCUUAAAAAAAUUAAAAAACAAAAAAAAUAAAAAAAAAAAUAAAACAAAUAAAACACAAUGCCCUGCUUUAUGCGAAGGAAUAGCAUAUCGUACGUCU